UUGCACGGACUCCAAGCCAGAGUGCACUUCCACCACGACAACCAAGACCACAUAUCACAAGAAUGACAAAGGGAGAGCUAGCAACUUACGGAUGGACCGUUCUACCACCUCCACCGUGCUCCUCCGAUCUCGCCCCAUCGGAUUACCAUUUAUUCUUCCAUCUUCAACAUUUGGACUGCAAGACUUCGACAACCGCGACGAUAUCAAGAAUGCACUCCAGGCUUUUUUCGAUGGCCUGCCCGCAACCUUCUAGAACAAGGGCAUAUAUGGCUUACCCAAACGAAUGCAGAAGACCAUCGAUGAAAGAAUAUUGCAGAUGAUU